ACAUAACUGCCACCAGGCUUCUAGCGACCCAACCACAUACCAGGGCACUGUCUUGGGGGUGGCGGGAGGGGGAGGGGUGAGUUCCCUUCCAGAGAACUGGGGCCUCUGCAUUAGCGCACAUGACAAAUCAUUCUAGUUUGAGAUGCCAAAAUAUCACAGUGCCGGGGAAGAGUCCAGUCCCCUGGGAGGCUCCAUGUGCAACACCCCUCACAUCACAGGACAGGGGGGUGAGAUGGGCUAGGUGUCCUGUGCAUCCCCCAGCAGGCCCUCCCUGGGUCCCUUUCCACCCAUACAUGAGAGUGGGGGUGUGCCGGGGAGCUUCCCAGUUUAAUUAGAACCCAGCAAACUGAGGAAGGAACUGUGACAAGUAAAAAUGACCAGCGGUUCCUCCCUGGGAAGGAACCACAGGCACUGAUAAGAUCAGAGGCUCCGAGCGCCACCCUCCCCCAGGUAAGAGCACACCGAGUUAAAGGGAUAAGAUCAGCAGAUCAGCAGUUCUGAGCCCUCCCCCCAAGAGCACACCAAGUUAAAGGUUGCGGGAGAUCGGGGAGCCUGGCUGGGGUGUCUGAAAUGGAGACCCGAUCUGUUCUCACCCCUUGAAUUUCUGAGUGAGUCUCUGAGUUUGUCUUCCCCUGGCCUGGUGUGCCUGGAAGGGGCACUAGCCUCAAAGCAAGUUAGUCUGGGAACAGAAAAGCCCAAGAAACUAGUGCUCCAUUGACAGAAGAACAUGUGUCCCAUCUCCUUCCAGGGAAGGAAGCCGGUGGCCUGGCACAGGCGUCCUGCUGGCCCGGACCAGCUGCUUGGUCUCGGCCCCCCUCAGCCCUUCCUGAACCAGAAAACAUGCCUGUUCUCUUCCACAGAGAGAGAGGGGCCGUUCUUUGUUUAUGCAUCUGCGCCAGGUUGCUUGGUUCACUCACUACUCUGCAAUUUAGAACAGUAAAAAGCAAAAGGCUAUAAAAAUCAAAACAACCCAUCUAUACAACGAACAGUUUCUUAUCACACUCCAGGAAGGCACAGCAUUUGUGAUAGGAAUCAGUAUGCGUAAGCUCUCUACAGUGAAAACCCUAUGAAAGGACCAGCCUUUCCGGAGUGUCUGGCUCCUACCCGCUGGAUGUUAAUUGUAGCUAAAACCUCUGCCCAUUAUUACAAAAGGAAAUAAACAUUCAGGAGCCCUUUUCAAAGCAUUCUGAUUGUUCUAGAACAUUCAUCUGAAGUUGAGUCUCAUGGUGCACAGCGGGCCUACGUCAAACAGAAACAACCCACGGGACGUCAGCCAGGCUGAGCUGUCUGCCCACUCAGGGUACACGGCCUGGGCCCCACAGCCCUGUGCCCACACCCAGACCUCCCUGCGACAAGAGGCACUCCCACUCUCUCUGCUACCCCUUCUACUGCGCGGGGUCUAUCGCUCACCUUGGGGAAGAGCCUCUGACAUGAUCUAAUGAUCCUUCUCCCCAGCCAGCCAGCCAGCCAGGCUUCGCGCGGGAAUCAAGAGCCUCCCCCCCAUUCAGAAAGCUCCCAGCAGGUGGCAAAGAGAGAGCUGCAGCAGGACUGGCUGGAGGGGGUGGGGAGAGCGGUCAGGGAGGGCUCCUCAGGGUGCUGCUGAUGACAAAAUAAAACUUCAGGGGUCAGUUAGUACUUGUCAAGUGAAUGGGGGAAUCGAGGAAAGGCAGUCUAGGCAAGGGAUCAGUGUGUGCACCUCUACCCUGCCCCAGUGUGGGCAGUGGGGGGGGGGCAGGCAGGAGGCCCAGCACCAUGGGCCCCCAACACCAGAGGACAGGAUUUCCUGAUUAACAGAGCAAGGAAAUAAGGGUAAGGUUUUAGUGAAACCAGCUCCCCUACCUUGGAACAGGCUGAUUCUCUUCGCUGGUCUUUCAUGUCUGUGGGCUCUGUGCAUGCCCACGCCCACACCCACGCAGGACUCCCAGGAGGCGUGACCCCUGCCCACCCCAGCAGCAGCCUGCUCCUGCAUCCGCACAGCCCACAGUCACCACCCCCCCGCCCCCGCCGCAAGGCUGCUGCUCUAACCCACUCCUGGCAUCCUGUUUGCACAGAGAUCGCUAUUUACUUUAGCCUUGGAUUUUAGUGAAGUUCAUUUUCAUUGCUUACAGACAUGCACUUUUAAUAGGCUGGUUUAUACCAUUUUGGGCUCUUUUUUGAAAAGGCACAGAAAGAAAGCCACCAAUGUCCUGCCUCAAAAUGCUUCUAACAGGCAGCCUAACUGGAGUGUGGGCCUUGCCAGCAGUGAAGAGGAGGGAGUGUCGCUGCAGAGAGGACUCCCUGAAUCCUCCCAAGUUAGCACGGGAAAAGAACCGGACCAGGCUGCUCUCUCCCCCAGCCCCCUUUCUCUGUGUGCUGGGAACACAGGCAAGGGAAGCACACAUUCAUGCCCCAGUGUAAUGUGAGUGCAACACCAGGAAAUGCGCUGUUUGUGUUGUUACCAAAGCCCUGACCGGACCACAAAGCCUUUAAGCUCUGCGAAGCCUCUGAUACGUGCGGCAGGGGUCUGGAGCUUGCUCCUCUCCCCACCCUCCCCACCCCGACAGCAUGCACUAGGCUUGUAACUGGGGCUCCUGUCCCCAUACCUCCCUUCCUGUCCAUCUCCUCUUCCCAUGUGUCAGGUGGCAGAUUCUGAGCUAAAGCUCACACACCAGCUUUCUGUGCGUUCCCUGUGUCUGGGGAAGGAGGGUACGGCCCGCACCCUCCUUGUCCACCCACCAGGGACUUUCUGAGGCCCACCCUGCGUGGUCACAGGAGAGUCUCCUAAGCUGGGGAAACUGAGGUAGCAUCCUCCAGUGGGUAAGCAGUGAGCCUUGGCACCAGUGUGGGCAGCUGGUUCCAGAGGCAGAAUUCGCAACCAGGCAGACACUCCACAAAACUGGGGGCACGUGCACCUUUCCUGCCAUCGUGGUACGCAGUUCACAGGUUGCUGGCUCCGCUCCCUCUGCGAGGGAGUGUUUGUGUAAGAACCCCCUUCACUGUGGAGGUCCUGUUUCAGAGAUCCCCGUGUAGGGUAGAACGAGGUAGGCCAGGGUUCAAGGCAGUGCCUGGACUCAGAGCCGCUUCCUCCAAGUAGGAAAGCCACUGAGGACUGGUGCCCCAGGAUGCACCCAGGCCGCGCUGUGCACCUGUCCCAGUCCAUCCCUGUCCAUCCCCCUCCAUCCCCAGGCCCGGAAGCAAGCUCGUAAUGCAGACACCACCCCUGCCGCUUGGGAUACCCGGCCCCUCCUGGUUUUCAGGGCUCCUCAGGCCUCUGAGCAGAGGCGUGGCCUGCCUCUGUUCCCAGCUUUCCAGUCAGCUCAUCUUCCCUUUGGCCUGACCUCCCACCCACAGACCUCUGCUCCAAACCCGUGGCCUGCAGGGCCCUUUCUGCCGGUGUGCUGAUUCAGUGGUCAGCCACCGGUGACCAGGCCUGCGCCUACUGUUGCAGGCGGGCCUCAAGGCUGUCUGCAUGACUGCCACAGUGCUGGUGUCUUGGGUGCUCGCCGUUACAGUAAGGAAGAAACCGGAGAUCCCCAAAGUACUAGUGCAGGGCCCAGAGCAGAGGGUGCUUCCUCGGUUUUCCAGGCCAGCAAGGAAAGCUGCCCAGAGGAGUGCUCAUGACAGACCUGCGGCCACCAGCCGUCCUCCUCCAUCAGGCCCACAGGUCUGCGGGUCAGACAGCCGUGGGUUCCCUUCUCUCAGCUGCUCCAUGCCUCCAGCCUGCGGCACACAGCCCUUCCACGCUCACGUGCUGAGCCCAUAACCCUGCCCAAGAGCCUCCCGACCCAGCGACCCAGCGACCCACCUCGAGGUAGCACAGCACGACCAGGAGGCGGCCGAGAGAUCUCCUGGGGUUGGAAAUUGCCAAGUCUAGGAAAGCACCUUCUCGAAAUGUAAUUAUUGAAGCCCAGAGGGGAUCUUGGAAGACAAUGGCUUUUCUUUUAUGCAUGAGAGCAUUGGCAAUGACUGUCACCCAGCUGAGGACACACAGGCCCCAGCUAGGGACAAAGGGAGAGAGAAGGCCUGGAAACCGCUAGGUCCCUAGAAACUGGGAGGGGGCACAGAACUCGAAAGGGCUCCAUGCCCUAGGAGCCUCCCAGCGGACACUCAGACUCGUCCUGCAUGUCCACCGGCCUCUCGCUCCGUCUCAACCAGUGUUCACUGGGUCUUCCCUGCCCUGUGGGAUGCAGCUACUGUACCGUGUGCCCUUCUGACAGGCUGGCCUCAGGGCACCCCAUGAGGCAGUAGAGGCCUGGAUGGCAGUGCUGGGGCACCAAGUCCACAAAUGGACGCUGGCUUUGACCACAAGACUCUGUCCUUGCGAACCUCAGCCUCGCUCUCCUCUGGAGGGUAGGGCUGCUGGGGCCCAAGAGGUGACCCCUACACACUGGAGAAUAAAUGACCACAGCUUUGUCCCCUCUAAAGGCUUCCCACCACACAGCCAGCCUCAUGCAUGAGAUGUCAACUCAGCUUUUGGGUCCUUUCAGGCUUUUCUGGAGGGACACGUCUGGCCUGCCUGGAGGCUGCCCUCUCUGGGAUGUGCGCGCAGCCAAGCUCAAGGAAAGGGGCGCCAAGUGGGUACGGACACAUACACAGUGAGAAUCUGAGUCGGCUGAGGGCUUGCCCCGGGGCGGGGAUCUUGGGGCUGCCAUUUCUCAGGCCAGCCCUGCCAUGCACUCUGACCUGGCCUGGGGCCUGGCACCCUCCUGUGGGCCGGCCACUCAUCUGCUCUCCUCUCUCAGGCGCCCGCCGGCCCACAGGCCUGGAACUGUGCUGCCCCCACGCUGUACCGGCCUCUCCAUCCCAUGGGAACAGGAGCGGAAAGGGGAGCAAGCACUUGAAAGACCAGCCCUGCCCUCAUGAUGUGGAGGCUUUCUUCUUCCUAAGUGUAAUUAGAAAACAAAACAACCACACACAAAACCCUCAGAGAGGGAGGAUAUGUGCGUCACCUUUAUGGAAAAAGACAGAAGAAAAUUACAGUGGGCUCCGUCUUGGACAACCCCAAGCAGGUGUGAGGUCCCUGGCCUGGAGAGGUGCCUCCCUUUUCCUGCCCAGCCAAGAUGCCCGGUGCCCGCAAGAACAGGCCAGCCUGACUAUGCACGGCCCUCCUACAGCCCCUCCCACCGGCCUGGGGCUGGGCCGCCACUCUGUCACCACAGAGGUCCAGGGCCACAUCCCGCCUCAGGCCCACGCCCUGCGGCACAGAGGAUGGGGGCCCAGCAGGCCUACUGCUGCCAUUCCCACGGACUCGGACAGCAGGACACCUGCGCAUGCCAGCGGCGCCCUUGCUCCGUGCACCUAGGCAGACUGGCAGUCGUGGCUCCCCGGAGAACACACUGCACGCGCACAGAAGCCACCACGGACCCGUCUCGGCAGGGGUCUCCAGGCCCGCCGCCGCCGCCAUGUGGAGCUGCGGCCCGCUCAACGGCACGGGCAGCGCGGAGGACCAGCUCCUCUGCCAGCACUUCCACCUGGUCCUGUCCGUCUUCUCGCUGCUCUACCUGGUCGUUGGCGUCCCCAUCGGCCUGGGUUACAACGCCCUGCUCGUCCUGGUCAACCUGUACGACCAGAGCAGCAUGACCAUGCCCGACGUCUACUUCGUGAACAUGGCCGUGGCAGGCCUGGUGCUCAGCGCCCUGGCGCCCGUGCACCUGCUGGGCCCCACCGCCUCCGGGUGGGCCCUGUGGGGCUUCAGCAGCGAGGCCCACGUCACGCUGCUGGUGCUGUUCAACGUCUCCUCCCUGGUGACCAUGUACUCCACGGCCCUGCUCAGCCUCGACUACUACAUUGAGCGUGCCCUGCCGCGCACCUACAUGUCCAGCGUCUACAACACCAGGCACAUGUGCGGCUUCGUCUGGGGCGGGGCCCUGCUCACCAGCUUCUCCUCCCUGCUCUUCUACAUCUGCAGCCAUGUGGCGGCCAGGGUCGUCGAGUGUUCCAAGAUGCAGGACACAGAGGCUGCUGACGCCAUCAUGGUGUUCAUUGGGUAUGUGGUCCCCACCCUGGCCGUGCUCUAUGCACUCGCGCUCAUCUCGAGGAUCCGGAAGGAAGACACGCCCCUUGACCAGGACGCAGGGAGGCUGGACCCCUCGGUGCACAGGCUUCUGGUGGCCACUGUCUGCACGCAGUUUGGGCUCUGGACGCCUCACUACCUGACCCUCCUGGGGCACACGCUGCUCGCCCUGCGGGGGAAGCCCGUGGACGGGCACCACCUGGGGAUUCUGCUCUUUGCUAAGGACCUGUCGAGAUUCCUGGCCUUCGCCAGCAGCUCCGUGAUGCCGCUUCUUUACCGCUACAUCAAUAGGAACUUCCCCAGCAAACUCCGGCGGCUGAUCAAGAAAAUGCACUGUGGGCACCAGAGCUGCUCCCCAGACCAAAUGGGGGUCCAGCAGGUGAUGGCAUAGAGGGCCGGUCCCAGGGCCACCAUCAGUGCUCACCGCGGGGUCACCUGACAGGUGGCCGAGGGUGCACACCCUAGAGGCACGGUCCGCUCCCCCGCCCGGGAGACAGGCGACUGACACUUCAACUGGAUGCAUGGCACUUUGUCACUGUCUUCCCCAGGAGGUCACUGAGGCAAGAACAAAGGACAGCACAAGGGGUGUUCUCGCCAAGUUUUCUGUUGUUCCAGAAAAGCCACUCUUACUCCAAGGCCACGUUGACAAAGCAGCAGGGGCCUGGUGUGAAGAAAAGCUGUGUCAGCCCACCUGCUUCUGCCCAAGGCGUGUACUCUGCUCGAUCCCCCAGGUCCACGCCCUCAGCCUUCUUCAUACUGGGUCCACGGGACAAAGCGACGACAGUCAAAAGCCAGUAUUUAUACUUUGUCUCGUUAAAAUCCUCGAUUCCCUCUCUCACUUUAUUUUUGUUUAUAAAAAGAGAGAUCUGACAGAAAAGUCAUAACAGUAUGAAAAUGAAGGAAGCAACACAAAAGAGCGCCUGCAUCGGACGGGUGGGGGUGGGCUUGGUGGCUGCAGGGUCGCAUGCAGGAGGCAUGAGAGGACAGGUGCACGGUGGCACACACACACACGGCUGGGCUUUAUCGAGAGUAAAGCAGCUGGCAGCUCUCUCCUUGCCCACCGAAUGCACCCGGUACCCCCGCUGCCCUCACAGGUGACAUCAGCUGACCUUUUCCCACAUAGGUCAACUCCCCAACAUGUGCACCACACCAAGUAAUAAAAAUAAACCGAAGAAAGGAAAAGGCAGUUAACACUGAAGCUGGAAGGGACUGCCCAGGGCAGAGACAGGCCUGGACAACCGAGUCUCGUCUGGCGUCUGGGACGGAGCGUGGGGCACCACCGCCACCUCGCACCUGUCAGGUCUUCCACGGCUACUGCCGCAGGGAGUCCAAGACCCUCCUGCUUAGCCAGAAGCGGCAUGCACCUGGAUCCUUCCACACCAUGGACUAUAAACAUCUGCCUUAAAACUGUGGAACAGAAGCCUCCUGCCCCCCACACCAUCCGCUCACAGGCACCCCGGCCUCACGAUACAUCCCAGGCCUGCAGCCCCUAAUUCCAACUCUGAAACCCACAAAACUCUAAAAACAGGAAGAUUCAUUUUUCAGGUUUGCAGCACAUUCAUCUGGUGACCUGAAGUGUGGUAUGAGGGCACUUUUGUGAGGAAGAAGAGUGUGAUUAUGGGGCCCUGCCCCAGCCCACUGUCCUGUGGCGUGCCAUACACGCGGUGUGUUAGCUGUGUGCGUGUGUACGUGCGGAAAACAGGCCCACAGAAGUUGUUUGCUAAAAGGAAAACCAUAAACAUGCACAUUCCUUAAAAUAUG